CAAUCCGCGACUUCUCUCCUCCAGAGGCCGCUAGCCCCGGGGAAGAUAGUCGUCGCAGGAAAACUUACCCCGCAAGGUGGCCCCGCGCAGAUUUACGCGGCGGCCCCGCAGUUACCUGCCCCCGGGUCUCGAAGCCGCGCGCCUAGUGCCGGAGCCUCGCACCUUCGCGGCCCUCCAGCUGCUCUGGCCCGUCUCGCCCAUGGCGGUGGCCGCGCUCUACACGCAGUACAACAGGGUAUGGAUUCCUGAUCCUGAAGAAGUUUGGAAGUCUGCUGAAAUAGCAAAGGACUACAAAGUUGGUGACAAAGUCCUGCGACUUUUGCUGGAGGAUGGAACGGAGCUGGAUUAUUCCAUUGAUCCAGAAUCUCUGCCUCCACUUCGGAAUCCUGACAUCCUCGUGGGUGAGAAUGACCUCACAGCCCUCAGCUAUCUCCACGAACCUGCGGUGCUUCACAAUCUCAGAAUCCGCUUUGCAGAAUCCAAACUCAUUUACACCUACAGUGGAAUCAUUUUGGUGGCUAUGAAUCCUUACAAGCAGUUGCCAAUCUACGGAGAUGCCAUCAUCCAUGCCUACAGCGGGCAGAACAUGGGCGAUAUGGACCCACAUAUAUUUGCUGUGGCUGAAGAGGCGUACAAGCAGAUGGCCAGAAACAAUAAAGAUCAGUCAAUAAUUGUAAGUGGGGAGUCAGGUGCUGGAAAGACAGUGUCUGCUCGCUACGCCAUGAGAUACUUCGCCACCGUCAGCAAGUCCAGCAGUAACGCCCACGUGGAGGACAAGGUUCUGGCAUCGAACCCCAUAACUGAGGCUGUUGGAAAUGCCAAGACCACCCGCAAUGACAACAGUAGUCGGUUUGGGAAAUACACAGAAAUCAGUUUUGAUGAGAGAAAUCAGAUUAUAGGAGCCAACAUGAGAACUUACCUGCUGGAGAAAUCCAGAGUUGUCUUUCAAUCAGAAAAUGAACGAAAUUACCACAUUUUUUACCAGCUCUGUGCGUCUGCGCAGCGGUCGGAAUUUAAACAUCUUAAAUUGGGGAGUGCAGAGGAAUUUAAUUACACAAGAAUGGGAGGCAGUACUGUCAUUGAGGGUGUGAAUGACAGAGCAGACAUGGUAGAGACUCAGAAGACCUUCACACUGCUGGGUUUCAAGGAAGAUUUUCAGAUGGAUGUUUUUAAGAUCCUAGCAGCCAUCCUCCAUCUGGGCAACGUGCAGAUCACAGCGGUGGGCAACGAGAGAUCCUCAGUUAGUGAGGAUGACACUCACCUGGAGGUGUUCUGUGAGCUCCUUGGCCUGGAGAGUAGCAAAUUUGCUCAGUGGCUAUGCAAUCGGAAAAUCAUUACAACCUCUGAGACGGUGGUAAAACCCAUGACCAGGCCCCAAGCUGUCAACGCCAGGGAUGCACUGGCCAAAAAGAUCUACGCUCACCUGUUCAACUUCAUUGUGGACAGAAUUAACCAAGCGUUGCAGUUUUCAGGCAAGCAGCACACUUUUAUUGGUGUUUUGGACAUUUAUGGUUUUGAAACCUUUGAUGUGAACAGCUUUGAACAGUUUUGCAUCAAUUACGCUAAUGAGAAGCUGCAACAGCAGUUUAACCUGCAUGUCUUUAAACUUGAACAAGAAGAAUAUAUGAAGGAAGAUAUCCCUUGGACUCUGAUAGAUUUUUAUGACAACCAACCAGUUAUUGACUUGAUUGAAGCAAAAAUGGGCAUUUUGGAGCUACUGGAUGAAGAAUGCUUGUUACCACAUGGAACUGAUGAAAACUGGCUUCAAAAGCUAUACAAUAAUUUUGUCAACAAGAACGCUUUGUUUGAAAAGCCCAGAAUGUCAAAUACAUCCUUUAUCAUCCAGCACUUUGCUGAUAAGGUAGAAUAUAAAUGUGAAGGUUUUCUUGAGAAGAACAGAGAUACCGUAUAUGAUAUGCUGGUUGAAAUCUUGAGAGCAAGCAAGUUUCAUCUCUGUGCCAGCUUUUUUCAAGAAAAUCCAGUUCCUCCUUCCCCUUUCGGUUCAGCAAUCACAGUUAAAUCUGCAAAGCCAGUCAUCAAGCCAAACAACAAGCAGUUCCGGACCACAGUGGGGAGCAAGUUCCGCAGCUCUCUGUACUUGCUCAUGGAAACCCUCAAUGCAACCACACCCCACUAUGUCCGAUGCAUCAAGCCAAAUGAUGAAAAAUUACCCUUCGAAUUCGACUCUAAAAGGAUUGUUCAGCAGCUGCGAGCCUGCGGUGUUUUAGAAACAAUUCGCAUUAGUGCCCAGAGCUACCCUUCCAGGUGGACAUACAUUGAGUUCUACAGUCGCUAUGGUGUGCUCAUGACCAAGCAGGAGCUUUCGUUCAGUGAUAAAAAGGAGGUGUGCAAGGUGGUUUUACACAGGCUCAUCCAGGAUUCUAAUCAGUACCAGUUUGGUAAAACCAAAAUUUUCUUCAGAGCAGGACAAGUGGCUUAUUUAGAGAAACUCCGAUUGGAUAAGCUCAGGCAGAGUUGUGUUGUGAUACAAAAGCACAUCCGUGGCUGGCUCCAGAGAAAAAAGUUUCUCCGAGAAAGACAAGCUGUCCUGACAAUCCAGCAGUACUUCCGGGGUCAGCAAACUGUGAGGAAAGCUGUUACCGCAACAGCCUUAAAAGAAGCAUGGGCAGCCAUAAUCAUUCAGAAGUACUGUCGUGGAUAUCUUGUCCGCAGUCUCUACCAGCUGAUUCGUGUGGCCACCAUCACCAUCCAGGCCUACACCCGAGGACUCUUGGCGAGGAGGAAGUAUCGGAAGAUGCUGGAGGAGCAUAAGGCUGUGAUCCUUCAGAAAUAUGCACGGGCGUGGCUGGCCAGGCGCAGAUUCCAGAGUAUCCGACGAUUUGUGCUCAACAUUCAGCUUACUUACAGGGUCCAGCGUUUGCAGAAAAAGUUAGAAGAUCAGAACAAAGAGAACCAUGGGCUGGUGGAGAAAGUGACCAGCCUGGCUGCUCUUCGAGCCGGUGACAUGGAGAAGAUUCAGAAACUGGAAUCAGAACUGGACAGAGCAGCUACCCACAGGCACAAUUAUGAGGAGAAGGGGAGGAAAUACAAGGCUGCCAUGGAAGAGAAAUUGGCAAAGCUUCAGAAGCAUAAUUCAGAACUGGAAAUACAAAAAGAGCAAACAGAGCUGCAGCUUCGAGAGAAGACUGAAGAGUUGAAAGAAAAAAUGGACAACCUCACCAAGCAGCUCUUUGAUGAUGUGCAAAAAGAAGAGCAACAAAGAAUACUUCUUGAAAAAAGUUUCGAACGGAAAACACAAGACUAUGAGAAGCAGAUCUGCUCUUUGAAAAAAGACAUUCAAGCUCUCAAGGAUGAGAAAAUGCACCUGCAGCACCAACUGGAGGAAGAACGUGUCACCUCCGAUGCCUUAAAGGGGGAGGUGGCCCAACUGAGCAAGCAGGCAAAGACAAUCUCUGAAUUUGAAAAGGAGAUAGAGCUACUUCAGACACAGAAGAUAGAUGUGGAGAAACACUUGCAAUCACAAAAACGGGAAAUGAGAGAAAAGAUGUCCGAGAUCACCAAACAACUUCUUGAAAGCUAUGACAUUGAAGAUGUAAGAAGCAGGCUCUCUUUGGAAGAUUUGGAACAUUUAAAUGAGGAUGGAGAACUUUGGUUUGCUUAUGAAGGACUGAAGAAAGCAACACAUGUUUUGGAAAGCCAUUUCCAGUCCCAGAAGGAUUGCUAUGAAAAGGAGAUUGAAGCUUUGAACUUCAAAGUGGUACAUCUAAGUCAAGAAAUCAACCACCUGCAGAAAUUAUUUAGAGAAGAGACUGACAUCAAUGAAAGUAUCCGUCAUGAAGUUACCAGGCUGACAUCAGAAAACAUGAUGAUCCCAGACUUCAAACAGCAAAUUUCAGAGCUGGAGAAGCAGAAGCAAGAUCUGGAAAUCCGCCUGAAUGAACAAACUGAAAGCAUGAAAGGAAAACUGGAAGAAUUGUCUAACCAGUUGAACCACAAUCAAGAAGAGGAGGGAACACAAAGAAAGACCUUAGAGGCCCAAAAUGAAAUACACACCAAAGAGAAAGAGAAGCUGAUCAGUAAGAUUCAAGAAAUGCAGCAGGCCAGCGAGCUCUUGAAGAAGCAAUUUGAAAGUGAAAGUGAAGUCAAGAGUAGUUUCCGACAGGAAGCAUCUCGGCUCACUAUGGAAAACAGGGAUCUUGAAGAGGAGUUAGACAUGAAGGACAGAGUGAUUAAAAAGCUCCAAGAUCAAGUUAAAACUCUAAGCAAGACGAUUGAAAAGGGCAAUGAUGUGCACUUGUCCUCAAGACCCAAGGAGUAUCUUGGAAUGCUGGAAUACAAGACAGAAGAUGAGGACAAGCUCAUUCAAAACCUCAUUCUCGACUUGAAGCCUCGUGGUGUGGUGGUGAACAUGAUCCCAGGGCUGCCCGCUCACAUCCUGUUCAUGUGUGUGCGCUACGCAGACUCUCUAAACGACGCCAACAUGCUCAAGUCCCUCAUGAACAGCAUCAUUAGUGGCAUCAAGCAGGUGGUUAAGGAACAUUUAGAAGACUUUGAGAUGCUAUCUUUUUGGCUUUCCAAUACAUGUCAUUUCCUCAACUGCCUAAAGCAGUACAGUGGUGAAGAGGAAUUCAUGAAGCUUAAUAGUCCACAUCAGAAUAAGAACUGCUUGAACAAUUUUGACCUUUCAGAAUACAGACAGAUUCUUAGCGAUGUGGCAAUACGAAUAUAUCAUCGGUUCAUUGUUGUAAUGGAAAAUAACAUUCAACCAAUAAUAGUGCCGGGCAUGCUGGAGUAUGAGAGCCUGCAAGGCAUCUCCGGCCUGAAGCCCACGGGCUUCCGGAAGCGGUCAUCUAGCAUAGAUGACACGGACGCCUACACCAUGACCUCUGUCCUGCAGCAGCUGAGCUACUUCUACAGCACCAUGUGCCAGAACGGCCUGGACCCUGAGCUGGUGAGGCAGGCUGUGAAGCAGGUCUUCUUCUUGAUCGGGGCGGUCACCCUGAACAGCCUCUUCCUGCGCAAGGACAUGUGCUCCUGCAGAAAAGGGAUGCAGAUCAGAUGCAACAUCAGCUACUUAGAAGAAUGGCUUAAAGAUAAGAAUUUGCAGAACAGCUUGGCUAAGGAAACUUUGGAGCCUCUCUCUCAGGCAGCCUGGUUGCUUCAGGUCAAGAAGACCACAGACAGCGAUGCCAAGGAGAUCUAUGAAUGCUGUACCUCACUGUCUGCUGUGCAGAUCAUAAAGAUCCUUAAUUCAUACACACCUAUAGAUGACUUCGAGAAAAGAGUGACUCCAUCCUUUGUUCGCAAAGUACAGGCUCUCCUAAAUAGCCGGGAGGAUUCAUCACAGCUGAUGUUGGAUACAAAAUAUCUCUUUCAAGUUACCUUUCCUUUUACCCCCUCUCCACAUGCUCUGGAAAUGAUCCAGAUCCCCAGCAGUUUUAAGCUAGGUUUUCUCAAUAGAUUAUAGCAGGAGAAAGGAGAGGAAAUGUAUGUUUCCCUCAGAAGCCAAAUGAAGGUCAAAUAUGAGGGAUGUGGUUGUUAAUUGGAACUGGAAAUGCUUUGGAAUGUGAUGUAAAGAAGCAAAGAAGAAUUCUCCAAGAUGGGCCACAUCUUCUCUUGUUCCCCGUGAUGGUGCUGCCACUGUCAUUUUGUAAGAGUUAACACACACCAGCUGCAGUUGGAAAGGCCAUGUCUACCUUCUGAAUCACAGCCAGCUUUUACUGGAAUUCCUCGAAGGCCCAUGUUUUCUUCCAGGUGCCUCUUGUCUAGAUCUGUUUUGUGACAGGGCUCCCCUCAAAGGGAGUAUGAUCUGGGGACACAGUGCCCCCUAAGUUUACUAAUGUUCAUGUGAAGCCCAGGUACAUUUAUGAAGCCGUGAGUGGGUUCCAGGGCUGAGUCUUCCAGGAAAUAAUCCCAUUUGGCCACAAUGCCCUGUCGAAAUUCCUCUCACCCCAUGCCUCCUGCCCAGGGUGGGAGGGGUGGGGUUCACUGUCACUAAAAAUGCUCCUGCAUGAAAAAAUAUUUAUUAUUUAAGAGCCCUCUAGUUUUUAGGCAAAUAUUCAGUCUGAAAUGAAUCAUGUGAAGUGUUAUAUAUAUAGCUACCUAAAACGAAUAUAUUAUUAAAAUUAAUUGCCAGGGCAUUUACCACCUCUUCUGAAAGAACAUUUCUUCAUGUUUUAUCUGCCAACAUAUUGGCCAUAUGUUUUUCAUUGUUCAAUAUCGUUCGUGCAACAGCUUCUCUAAAAACUAAGUUUAAAAGGCAACCUAAUUGGUUUUCUCUCUCUUUUCAGCAUUCAAAUGUUUUUAAAUUUUCCCAUAAAAAAAACCUGAAGAAUUAUGUCAGUUCUUCCUGUUGAGAAACCAGUAUUUCCCAAGUUUCAUGAAAACCAACCAUCCCUUGUCCCCCCAGACGUUUUCAUUCCUUCCUUCAGAGCAUGUGAUGUUGCACUGCUAGCCUGUGGCAUGUGGCCCAUUCCAAGAAUCCAACCAGCCCUCCUGUCUCUGACAGACUCACAGGCACGAGCUGUGGUUCUAUCCCACAGAUCUAUGUCUUAGGAGUGAUAAUACAUGAUUAUGAAGCAACAUCACCCUAUUAAUAUGUAACAAUGCCUUUUCAUAUUAUAAAUGAUUUAGUUCUUUUAGAUACGUUGUAUAUGAAGAAAUGAAAAAGUAGAACUUUUAAAUAUUUUAAUCAAUAAAAUAAAUUACCAAAUGA